AUGCAGGUUCAGGGCUCCAGGCUGCUGACACCUGAAACAUCACAACAGAUCAAUCAGUCUGAUUGGUUCUGGUCAGCAGCAGUAUUCCUGAACAGGAUCCGGGUCGUCAUACAGAGUCUGGAGGUCCAUCUGGAGGUCCAUCUGGAGGUCCAUCUGGAGGUCCAACUGGAGGUCCAUCUAGAGGUCCAAUUGGAGGUCCAACUGGAGGUCCAUCUAGAGGUCCAUCUGGAGGUCCAUCUAGAGGUCCAUCUGGAGGUCCAAUUGGAGGUCCAUCUGGAGGUCCAACUGGAGGUCCAAUUGGAGGUCCAACUGGAGGUCCAUCUAGAGGUCCAUCUGGAGGUCCAUCUAGAGGUCCAUCUGGAGGUCCAUCUGGAGGUCCAUCUGGAGGUCCAACUGUGCAGUGACCAAACCUCUCGUUAGACCAGACUAAGUUCUGCUGAGGAGAACUGGGCC